AUGCUACUACCGGCCGUGCUAGAUGAAUGGGCAGAUGAGGCAUUUACUAAGGGGUUGAAGCCGAGGAGCUCCGAUGCUUUCCGGAAACUGAAAGAAAGCUUGCUCGAGGGCGAAGGACGCGACAGAGGUUUUCGGUUGGCGGACAGGUUCGCUACCGAUAGGAGAACUGACCGUGGCCGGAAUAAUAGAUCAUUGCAGGACAAAGAGAUAUCAGGCUCCCGGGAUUCCACAUAUCCCAGAUUGCCCGAGUAUAAUUUCAAUGUCAGCAUGGUGGAGCUGGUAUCGACGAUGAGGAAUAUUAAGGAAGCACGAAUCCCGAGGCCGAUGAGAUCCGAUCCCAGUAAGAGGGAUCCUAAUCUAUGGUGCGAGUAUAAUGGGACUAACGGCCAUCGGACUGGGGACUGCCGGCACCUGCGCGAGGAGGUGGAGACAUUGCUGAAAAAUGGCCAUCUUAGAGAGUUCUUAAGGGACCGGGCUAAAAAUAACUACGGCCGCAACUGGGAUAUUACAGAGCCCUUGAAGAUAGGAGAAGAUCCUCCUCGACUAACGAUUAACAUGAUUUUCGGUGGGGGGAACGAGAUUAAUGGUGUAACCUUUUCAACAGCAAAAAAGACAAAGGUAUUAGUGACUCAUAGCAAGAGACUCCGGGAAGUCGCCGAGGGUGAUAUCACUUUCAUAGAGGAGGACAUUAAUGGACUCCUACUACCGCACAAUGAUGCCCUGAGUGCUGGAAUAAGCCAAGCUAACCGGAAGCAUUAUUCCGGGCACAAAGCUCCUCGUUGGGUUCAACUUAAUAAGUGUGACAACCUAAGGGGAGAUCCUGCUGCUCACAAACGCCGAAGGGGUUAUGAAGACUACCUUGUUUGA